AAAGUGUCUUUGAAAUUUACAUAUUAAUAAAUGAGCAGGAGUCGGCAGCAACAUGUUUAGCAAAAAGCUGGAGCGGAUGCAUCGUCCUCCCUCGGACAUCACCAAGUACGACAAUGAGCCGUAUAUGAAGAAUCCGUUGCUCACAUUCCGGAUAUCCGAUGUCCACGAGCGACGGCAUUACAAUUUCCUCAAGCAGCGGGCGGCGGACAUAAAGGUGAUAAUAGCGAAGCGACCCUGGGCACCGGAGCCGGAGAUGCGACCACUGCCCCAGGAGCACUACGUGGACAACUUGAGGCGCGAAGUGCGCAAAAUAAUUGUGCCCCGAAUGCUGCACAAAACGGAGUCGAAGAUACUCAGUUUUGCAUCAGAGCGUUUGAAGAACAAAUAUCCAGAGUUGGUUGAGGCGUAUAUGACGGAAGUGCACGGCGAAUACGAUAGACUGAUGAAGAUCUACAGCAUGAAGAACAUACUCACCCAUCCCGAAUUCUCCGACGAGGAUCCCUCAAAGUUCGAUCUGCCUCAUGCCGAUUUCCAUUCAAGUUUGCCGGGGCGUUCGCCCAACUAUAAAGCGUAUCUGGAGAAUCGACGCAAAAUUGCUCAGAAGCUGCUCAUUGUGCAGCCUCCGAUGCGGAUCAUACUCAGCAUCUCCGUGCUGGAUUUACCUGAAUUCGCGUGCAUUUUCCGUUAUGUGGGCGCCAUGGGUGCUCAGCAGCAGCAGCUGGGAUUGUGUGGGAGGGAGGCACUCUCCUACAAGUUCUAUCGCAAGUACAUUCAGAAUCAGUUGGACAAGGUGAACACUUUUCUCCGCUGGACGUGGUACACUCGGUUGGUUUGCGUGCUCCGACGUAUGCUGCGGAAGCGAGUAAUGCCCGCCAAUGUGUGGAGGCGGGCUUGGAGUGGGCUGGAGGGUCUGAUGAAUCGGGAGGUGAACAACCUGAAGAUGCGUACCUUUGAGGAACUGUUUCGCGUCUGCAGCACUCCCAGAACUAUGCCCGUUUUCCGCAUGUCCCUCGGCUGGGAUGAUUUUGAGGAUGGGCUGGAUAUGCGACCAAGUCUUACGAAUAUCUUGUCCAUCUUUGGUGAAAUUGUGACGGAAAUCUCAAUGGUCGGUUGUCGGAUGGAGGCACUGCAGCCGCAGGUAGACACCUUGUCCAACUUUGCCCAGAUUAGCGAUUAUCUGAAGAUCGAAAUGAAUGAGAACUAUGUGAAGGAUGUGAUCAGGAAGAUUCAAGAGAUCAUCGGGCACACCUAUACCCAAUUGACGGAUUACAUUAUGGGCUAUCGCAAUAAGUACAUUGGUCUCUAUUCAGAUGAGGAGCGCAAGGCGCUGAAUAGGUUUCUGCAGGAGCCGCACGAGUUCGAGGAGUACUUUGGCCGCAUCGAGAAAUACUAUGAGUUCAUCAAUAUGCUCCGUAGUGAACCCGCUACGGAUUACUUUGAGAUGGCCGUAAUUGAUAAUGAGCCGCUCAUUCAGGGACUGCGCAGUUUGGCAGAAAAUUUGAUAGCGAAUAUUACGGCCAUCAUUAUUAGGGAGCACAUCAAGGCCGAGGAGGAGAUCUGUGAUGAGUUCGAGAAGAUCAAGGAUCGUGCUCUGCUCAUACCUAAAUCAACGGAGGAAUUGCUCGAGAGCGCCGAUUAUAUGAUCUAUGUGAAGAUGCAAAAGCUGGCGGAGCUCACGGAUCGCAUCCAGUAUUGUCUGCAGGUGGGCACGAAUAUUGUGGAGCUCACCCAGAUGUCCAAGUAUCAUUUCGACCUGACCAUCAAGACGAUCAAUUGGAUCAAGGACAUCAACGAGAUCUGCGAUUAUAAUGCGUCCCAGCAGGAGCACUACAAGUUCCUCUUCGAGGAGCAUCUGCAGGAGGUCGUCAAGAAGCUAAACGCCGACAUCGAAGGAAUGUUACCGAAAUUGGCCGUCAUCGAUGAUAUGAGUCGACCGGAAAAGUUUCGCGAAUCCUACAUAAUACUCCAGAACUUUAUAGAUCAGUUGAAGACGGCCGAUGAUUAUGUGGCAUGGAUCAACAAGGAGGAGAAACUGUUCAAAGUCAACCAAACCGAAUAUUCCACAUUGGAGGUCAUCAAAUCCUUUGUCUACCCCUUUGCCGAGCUGAUGAAGUGCUGCAUUGAGUGGAAGCGUUACUUGAGCGUCUGGACGGAUGGUCCGUUUGAGUAUCUGGAGCCGAAGUUUGUGGAGACCACAACGGAGGACUAUCUCAGGGAGUUCCAGAAGAAUCAGAAAUACUAUCGCAUCAAGAUCAAACAGGAUAUGGUCGAGAAUCCCGUUUGCAAAUUUAAGGGGCAAACUGAAGAUCCGGAUCCCGCAAAGCAUCCGGUUCCGUUGCGACUUUGCGCCACCAUGAUAAAGUCCAUCAAGGACUUCACCAUCGGCGUAUUCAUAGUGAACACUUUAUGCAAUCCGGCGCUGCGCAAGCGCCACUGGAAGGAGAUGUCGGAGAUAGCCGGAUUUGAUAUAACGCCGCAUGCGGGAACAACGCUCCGUAAGAUUCUUAAUUCUGGGCUGGAUCAUGUGCUCGAUCAGUUCGAGAUAAUCAGCAUUAGUGCGAAUAAGGAGCUGCAGCUGUGGAACAAUUUACAGAUCAUGAUCAAGGAGUGGGAGAACAAGGUAUUCCCCACUGGCCCAUACAAGGAGACGGGCGUCACGAUACUCUCAAGUCUGGACGAAAUUCAGGCGCUACUCGACGAUCACAUCCUUAAAACGCUCACCAUGCGUGGCUCCGCCUUCAUGAAGCCGUGCGAGGAGGAGGUGCGCGCCUGGUACGAAAAGAUCAUGCGGGUCAACGAGACCCUGGAUCAAUGGGGCAAGGUGCAAGUGAAUUAUCUGUACCUGCUGCCCAUCUUCUCCUCCAAGGAUAUUGUGGCCCAGAUGCCCGAGGAGGGACGACUUUUUACGAUUGUGGAGCAGACUUAUACUCGGAAUAUGGGUUUGGUGCUCCGUCAGCCUCUGGUCAUGGAAACGGCGCCAGUUUCAGGUUUGCUUGAGUCCCUGCAGAAGGCCAACGAGCUGCUCGAGGACAUCUCGACGGGCGUGAGCAACUAUCUGGAGAAGAAGCGAUUGUACUUUCCACGCUUCUUCUUUCUGGCCAACGAUGAAAUGCUGGAGAUACUCUCCGAGACGAAGGAUCCACUGCGUGUCCAACCGCAUCUCAGCAAAUGUUUCGAAGGCAUCAAUAUACUGGAAUUCGAUUCGGCCAAAAAUGUCCUGGCCAUGCUUAGCAGCGACAAGGAGCACAUUGUAUUCAUCGAACAGAUCUCGACGGCGGCAGCCGGUGGCAGCGUGGAGAAGUGGUUGAUUGGUGUUGAGGAUGAAAUGUUGAAGGCAGUGCGCAAUGAGUGCGAAUUAUCCUACAAUCAUUAUCCGACUGUAAGGAGGCACGAGUGGGUUGUGGAGUGGCCCCAGAUGGUUGUCCUGGCCAUCUCGCAGGUCUUCUGGGCCUCGCGGAUGCACAGCUGUCUGCGUCGAAGCUACGGUGGCAAUCAGACAGUAAUGAAUCACUUCUUUCAGGAGUUGUCCAAGGAGCUGAAUGACAUUGUGAAUCUGGUGCGAUCCCCCGUUAUUAGUAAUCUCAAUCGCAUCACGAUCAAAUCCCUGAUUGUCAUCGAUGUGCAUGCCAAGGAUGUCACAGAGGAGUUGAUCCGCUUGAAGAUCAGCAGUGAAUAUGAUUUCCAGUGGUUGGCCCAGAUGCGCUAUUAUUGGGAGGAUGCCACAAUGCUGGUGCGGAUCAUCAAUGCAACGGUGCCCUAUGCCAACGAGUAUCUGGGUAACUCGGAUCGUCUUGUGAUCACUCCGCUCACGGAUCGCUGCUAUCGCACCCUGGUAGGGGCAUAUCAGCUGCACUUGAAUGGUGCUCCCGAGGGACCCGCUGGCACGGGCAAAACGGAGACCACCAAGGAUCUGGCCAAGGCUUUGGCUGUCCAAUGUAAAGUGUUUAAUUGCUCGGAUGGUCUGGAUUACAAAGCCAUGGGCAAGUUCUUUAAGGGACUUGCUUCAUGUGGUGCCUGGGCCUGUUUCGAUGAGUUCAAUCGGAUUGAAUUGGAGGUACUCUCGGUGGUUGCCCAGCAGAUACUGCUCAUCAUUCAGGCGGUGCGCGCCAAUGUGACCAAGUUUAUUUUCGAGGGCACCGAGCUGAUCCUUAAUCCCGCCUGCUAUGUCUGCAUCACCAUGAAUCCCGGCUAUGCGGGUCGCUCCGAGCUGCCCGACAAUCUGAAAGUCCUGUUCCGUUCGGUGGCCAUGAUGGUGCCCGAUUAUGCUAUGAUCGGGGAGAUCUCCCUCUAUUCCUAUGGUUUUGUGGAUGCCCGCAAAUUGGCCGUGAAAAUCGUGACCACCUAUCGCCUCUGCUCCGAGCAGUUGUCCAGCCAGAAUCAUUAUGAUUACGGGAUGCGUGCCGUGAAAACGGUGCUCUCCGCUUGUGGCAACAUCAAGAAACAGUAUCCGCAGGAGGUGGAGGAUAUUCUACUCCUACGUAGCUUGAUCGAUGUGAAUCUGCCCAAAUUUCUGUCGUUCGAUGUGCCCCUGUUUGAGGGCAUCAUCUCGGACAUCUUUCCGGGCAUCAAGUUGCCCCAAAUUGACUACUCCCUCAUGGAGCUGGAGUUCAAGCGUGUCUGCCAAGAUGAGAUCCUCGAACCGACUCCCAGUUUCCUCACCAAAGUGAUUCAAACAUUUGAGAUGAUCAUUGUGCGCCAUGGUUUCAUGUUGGUGGGUGAACCACUCGCCGGCAAAUCCGUGACAUUGAAGGUGCUGGCCAAGGUCCUCUCGGCACUAAAGACUAAGGCGCCGGGGAAGAGCAACUACUUCCAGCAUGUCCUCAUGGGCAUCAUGAAUCCCAAGUCUAUAACUAUGAAUCAGUUGUAUGGUUCCUUCGAUCCCAUCUCCUACGAGUGGACGGAUGGUCUGGUGGCCAAGAUCUUUCGUGACUUUGCCAUGACCCCAACACCAGACAGGAAAUGGGUCGUCUUUGAUGGUCCCGUUGACGCUGUUUGGAUUGAGAACAUGAACACUGUCCUCGACGACAACAAGAAACUGUGUCUGACCAGUGGCGAGGUCAUCACCAUGUCCAAUGAAAUGUCCAUGAUCUUCGAGGUCAUGGAUCUGGCCCAGGCAUCUCCUGCUACUGUCUCGCGCUGUGGUAUGAUCUAUAUGGAGCCCGCCACUCUCGGCUGGCGCGCUUUUGCCAACACCUGGCUCAAGAAGGCUGACAGCCGAUGGGCCGACGAGGAAAACGUCAAGUACAUGCUGGCCAUGCUCCAGUGGCUCCUGCUCCCGUGCCUGACAUUUGUGCGUCGUUUCUGUAGUCAGUUUAUCAGACCGGGCGAGUUUAACACAAUGCAAACCACUUUCGAUUUGAUUGACAUGCUGAUGGACGAGGCGAUUGAGGAGAAUCCUGAGGAUUACGACAAGUACGUCCAGGGCUACAUACAAGCAGCUCUGCUCUACGCCCUGGUGUGGGGCGUGGGCGGAAUACUCAACACGGAGUCCCGCGAGAAAUUCGAUGUACAGCUGAGAAAGCUCUAUGAGAAUGAGCCCGCUGCACUAGGCAAAAUGGAGGUGACACCACCCACCGAGGGUCUGAUCGUGGAUUAUGUGUUCAUCUUCAAGCAACGGGGCACCUGGCGCUAUUGGCCCGAUCUCGCCAAGCGCAUGGACGUCGAGGAGACGAAGACGGGCGUAAUUGUGUCCACCGUGGACACCGCUCGCUAUAUCCACCUGCUCAAGAUGCAUGUGCAGCACAAGAAACGCAUGCUGCUCGUCGGACCGACGGGCACCGGCAAGAGUGUCUACAUCCAGAACUAUUUGAUGAACAAACUCAAUCCAGACUUGUACGAAACUGGUUUCAUUACCUUUACCGUGAUGAUAACGGCCAAUCAGACGCAGGAGCAGCUCAUUGCCAAGCUGCUCAAACUGAAACGGGGCAUCUAUGGUCCGCCGAAGGGGAUGCAGAGCGUCCUCUUCGUGGACGAUAUGAAUAUGCCGGUGAAGGAGGUCUACGGAGCUCAGCCACCGUUAGAGCUACUCCGGCAAUUCUUUGACUAUGGCCACGUUUAUGAUCUGCGCGACAGCUCCAAGAUCUGGAUCAAGGAUGUACUCAUCAUCACCGCUUGUGGUCUGCCCGGCGGCAGUCGUCAGGAUGUCUAUGCAAGAUUCCUCAAUCAUUUUAAUGUCUUCUCCAUCAACACUUUCAGUGAUGACACCAUGUUCCGCAUUUUUCUCAAUGUCGCCCUGUGUGGCUUUCGACGUUCCGGACAUGGGCAGGAUGUGUUUGUGGUCACCAAUCAGAUUGUGAGCGCCACCCAAAACAUUUACAAAAGUGUCCAGUCCGAGAUACGAGCGACGCCAGCGAAAUCACAUUACAUCUUCAAUCUGCGCGAUAUUUCACGGGUUGUUACUGGUUGCACCCUGGUGCGGAAGGAGUCCGUCAAUGAUAAGAAGAUACUCGUCCGGGUUUGGUAUCACGAGGCUAUGCGGGUCUUCUAUGAUCGCCUCGUGGAUGACAUCGAUCGCAAGUGGAUGUUCGAGAAGUUGAACGAGUGCCUCAAGGCUAACUUCAAGGAUCGGGUGGAGAGUGUUUUCGAAAAGUACUGCGUGGACGAUGUGUUUACGAUGGAGGCUGCCAAUGGGAUAUUCUUUGGCAUGUACUUUGAUGAGGAUAGUGAGCCGGAUGAGAGACGCUACGAGGAGGUGCCCAGCUUGGAGAUAUUUCACAAUCUGGCCAUGACCAGCCUGGAGGAUUACAACUCGACGCGUCGCUCCAAGAUGGACAUCACCCUCUUCACAUUUGCCAUGCAACACUUGAAUCGCAUCUGCCGCAUCAUUUCCAUACAGGGGGCAAGUGCACUACUCAUCGGAUUGGGCGGAUCAGGAAGGCAAUCGUUGACAAAGCUGGCUACGAACAUGGUGCAGACAUCCUUCUUUCAGCCGGAGAUCACAAAAAAUUAUGGCGCCAAUGAGUGGCACGAUGACAUUAAGCUCAUAUUGAAAGAGGCAGGUGGAAUGAAUAAGCACACCACAUUCCUCCUCACCGAGAACCAAAUCAAAAUGGAGCUCUUCCUCCAGGACAUCGAUUGUCUGUUGAAUCAGGGCGAAGUGCCCAACAUAUUUCCCAUCGAUGAAAAGCAGGAGGUGCUGGAGCUUGUGCGUCUCGCUGCCCAAGGUGGCAAUCGGAAUAUUGAUGUCUCCGCACUGCAAGUCUUCUCGUUCUUUGUGAAUCGCUGCAAGCAGAAGCUGCACAUCGUACUGAGUUUCUCACCCAUUGGGGAUGCACUGAGAACCCGGGUGAGAUUGUAUCCCUCCCUGGUGAAUUGUUGCACCAUUGAUUGGUACGACAGCUGGCCGGAGGAGGCACUGCAGAUGAUAGCGAAGAUGUCGCUGAUCGAUGUGAAUGUGCCCUCCGACCAGAUUAAGCUGGCCAUCAUGGACACCUGCCAGUAUUUCCAUGUGACAGCCGCCAGAGCCACCCGCUCUUUCUGCCAGAUGUCGGGGCGUCACAUCUACCAGACCAAUGCCUCCUUCAUUGAACUGAUUCGCUCCUUUCAAACUUUGAUUGCUCGCAAACAGGAGGAGACAAUGCUCGCUAAGAUGCGUUACAUUGGCGGCUUGGACACUUUGGCUGUGGCAGCUGAAGCCAUUUCCAUCAUGCAACGGGAUUUGAAUGCGUUGCAACCGAAACUGGUUGCCUUGGCGGAGGCAUCCCGGAAAAUGAUGCUCGAGAUCAAUACGGAAACGUUGGCGGCCAGUGCUGCUGCCGAGCAGGUGAAACAGGAUGAGGAGGUGGCCUCCGUGCAAGCGGAGGCUGCUCAGGUGCUGAAAAGUGAGUGCGAGAAGGAUUUGGCCAAGGCUAUACCCGUGCUGGAGGAUGCACUGGCCGCGCUGAAUACGCUCAAACCGGCUGAUAUAACACUGGUCAAAUCGAUGAAAAAUCCCCCACCGGUGAUCAAACUGGUCAUGGCGGGGGUGUGUGUGAUGAAGGGUGUGCCGGCGGAGCGUAUACCCGAUCCGGCCACGGGGAAGAUGGUCAAUGAUUUCUGGGGUCCCAGCAAACGGAUAUUGGGUGACAUGAAUUUCCUGCCCGCCCUCAAGGAGUUCGACAAAGACAACAUACCCGUCGAGGUGAUGAAACGGAUACGCAAGGAGUUCAUACCCAACAAAGAUUUUGAUCCGAAGGUCGUGGCCAAGGCGUCCAGUGCCGCCAAGGGUCUCUGCCAAUGGAUUAUUGCGAUGGACAUGUACGAUGAGGUCGCCAAAGUUGUGGCGCCCAAAAAGGCCAAACUUGCCGCCGCCGAGAAGGAAUACUCCGACACCAUGGCAUUUCUGGCCGAGAAGCGAGCCAUGGCUGCGGCGCUGGAGGAGAAGGUGGCGCUGCUCAACAUCGAGCUGGAGAAGGCCAAUGAGGAGAUGAAGAAGACGGAGCAGCAUGCCGAGAAUUGUCGGAACAAAUUGCUCCGGGCCGAGGCUCUAAUUGGUGGCUUGGGUGGGGAGAAGUCACGCUGGAAUAAGGCAGCCGAUGAUCUGCAGGAGUUGUACGAUCAUCUGCCCGGCGAUGUGCUCAUCUCGUGCGGCAUCAUUGCCUACCUGUCCGCGGUCAAUCUCCAGUAUCGUGCGAACUGUGUCCAAGACUGGUUCAAGAAGUGCAUCGAUCUGGAAAUACCUUGCUCCAAAAAGUAUUCGAUUACGGUUGUGCUCGGCUUGGAGGUGACCAUUCAGAACUGGCAGCUGGAUGGGCUGCCCAACGAUGAGUUCUCCAGCGAGAAUGCCAUCAUCUCUGCCAACUCCAGCCGGUAUAGUUUGUUCAUUGAUCCGCAGGGUCAGGCCAACAAUUGGCUGAAGAAUAUGGAGCGAAAGAAUCGCUUGAAUUGUGUCAAGUUCAAUCAAAGUAACUACAUGAAGAUCAUUGCGGAUGCUCUGGAAUACGGUGCACCAGUGAUCAUUGAGAAUGUGCAGGAGGAGCUGGAGGUGCCACUGGAUCCGAUACUGAUGCGCCAGACCUUCAUGCAGGGCGGUAUCAAGCAAAUCAGUCUGGGAGAGAAUGUUGUCCCGGUUUCACCUCACUUCCGUCUCUACAUGACGUGUAAUCUCCGCAAUCCACACUUUCUGCCGGAGACCUUCAAUAAGGUGACUGUGAUUAAUUUCGCUCUCACCCAGAACGCUUUGAUGGAUCAGCUGCUGAGCAUUGUGGUGGCCAAGGAGCGACCGGAUUUGCAGGAGCUGCGCAUCAUGCUCACCACGGAGGCGGCGGCCAAUAAGGGUGCUUUACGUGAUGCCGAAAAUAUGAUCCUUAAGACACUCACCUCCAGUGAGGGUGACAUCCUCGAGAAUGAGGCAGCCAUCUUGAUAUUGGCAGAUUCGAAGACCCUAUCCAAGGACAUAACGGAGAAACAGGAUGCAGCCAAGGAGACCUCGGCCAAAAUCGAAGCAUUUCGUCUCAAUUACAAACCGGUUGCCAUUCAUUCCUCCAUUCUCUACUAUUCCAUCACCGACCUACCAAACAUCGAUCCGAUGUACCAGUUCUCGCUGAAUUGGUACAUCAAUCUGUACAUGUACUCCAUUGAGACGGCCAACAAGUCCAAGGAUUUGCCACGUCGCAUCAAAUUCCUCGUCGAUGGCUUCACCAAGAAUCUUUACAACAAUGUCUGUCGCUCCAUUUUCGAGAAGGAUAAGCUGCUCUUUUCCUUCAUCUUGACGGCACGCAUUAUGCUCGGCACUGGGCAGGUGGAGAUGCGUCAUCUAUCGCAUCUGCUGACCAAUGCCAAAGAUUCAGCGAAUAUACCACCCAAUCCCAAUCCCAGUUGGAUAACCGAUAUCGUUUGGCUGAAUGUGCUGCGCCUGGAGGAGCUCAAGGAGCUGCAGGGUAUUGUAAAGUCUUUCUGCGAUAAUUUGCCCGCCUGGCAGGCCAUCUAUGAUCAUGCCGCGCCGGAGGAUCAACCAUUGCCGCCACCCUGGCACGACAAGACCACGGCCUUUGAGAAGAUCAUCGUGCUGAAAGCUUUACGGCCGGAUUCUGUUUUUUUGGGUGUGCGCAAAUUUAUUUCGCGUACAAUUGGCGAACAAUUUGUCUCCCCUCCGGAAUUUGAUAUAUCCAAAUCGUAUGCGGAUUCAACGGCUCUGACUCCGCUCGUCUUCAUUUUGUCACCGGGUGCUGAUCCGCUGGGUUCGCUGCUGGCAUUUGCCGAAAAAAUGGGCCAGGAGGAGACCUUCCAGAGCAUAUCCCUUGGUCAGGGCCAGGGCCCGAUUGCUACGGCUCUGAUCAAGAAUGCCCAGGAAAUGGGCUACUGGGUUUGUCUACAGAAUUGUCACUUGGCGGCUAGCUGGAUGUCCACCUUGGAGUUCCUCUGGGAGAAUAUGGACACCUUCAACACGCAGGCUAACUUCCGGAUUUGGCUUACGGCUUAUCCGACGCCCCAGUUUCCCGUUACGAUUCUGCAGAACGGGGUGAAAAUGACGAACGAACCGCCGACGGGGCUAAGGGAGAAUCUGAUGCGCUCCUACAACUCUGAGCCCAUCAAUGAGCCCGAGUUCUACAUGGGCUGUGCCAAGCAGGAUCGCGCCUUCACCCGUCUCCUGUUCGGCAUCUGCUUUUUCCAUGCCGUCGUCCAGGAGCGGAGGAAAUACGGUCCGUUGGGCUGGAACAUUGCCUACGGUUUCAAUGAGUCCGAUCUGCAAAUCUCUGUGCUGCAGCUGAGCAUGCUGCUCAAUCAGUACGAGCACGUGCCGUACGAUGCGAUCUCGUAUCUGACCAGUGAGUGCAAUUACGGCGGACGUGUUACGGAUAACUGGGACAGGCGUGCGAUAAUCACGAUUCUCGCUGAUUUCUGCAAUCCGCAAGUGGUGGCCGAUAGUCGCUACCGCUUCGCCUUCGACGAUCGAUAUAUACUACCCCGGAAGACGGAGCAUCGAGAGAUUAUACGGUAUCUAGACGAGAGCAUGCCCUCAUUGGCUCCGCCCGAGGUAUACGGUUUGCAUGCAAAUUCCGGCAUUACACGGGACUUACAGACGACGAAGACACUGCUGGAUUCGAUGAUCCUGCUGCUGGGCAGCGAGGCAGCGGGUCAGGCCAGUGGAGGAGUCAGUGCUGACCAGAUGGUGUUAGACACCAUCAAACAGAUUGAGACUGAAAUGCCGCCGGAUAUGGAUAUCGAGGCAGCUGCCGAUAAAUAUCCCGUAGAAUACAAUGAAUCGAUGAAUACGGUUGUGGUCCAGGAAAUGGAACGUUUCCUCAAGUUGCAAAAGGAGAUCCGUGGCUCCUGUCGUGAUCUGGCUAUGGGCAUCAAGGGCAUCAUUGUGAUGACGCCGGAUCUGGAGAACGUGAUGACUGCCAUGAGAUUCAAUCGGAUUCCUGUCAAAUGGAUGGGCAAAUCCUAUCCGUGCCUGAAGCCACUCGGCUCCUACGUGCAGGAUCUGUACAAGCGCCUCAAUUGGCUUCAUCAGUGGCAUCGGGUAGGCAAACCGCCCACGUUUUGGCUCUCCGGCUUCUUUUUCACACAGGCCUUUCUCACGGGAGCCAUGCAGAAUUAUGCACGGAAGUUUAAGAUACCCAUUGAUACGUUGACUUUUGACUAUGAUGUGCUCAAGGUAGAGACGAAGACAACGCCACCGGAUGACGGUGUCUACUGCAAUGGGCUGUUCCUCGAGGGCGCCCGCUGGCAUUGGGAGCAAAACAUGCUCGUCGAGCAGUUGCCCAAGAUACUUAUGUAUGUUAUGCCCGUAAUUUACUUCCGGCCCAUCACACUGCUGGAGCUGAUGGAGGGUACACGCUAUCGCUGUCCACUGUACAAGACCGGAGAGCGUAAGGGCACCUUGUCCACAACGGGACACUCCACGAACUAUGUGGUGCCACUACUUCUCAAUACCCAAGCCAAAGCCUCGCAUUGGGUAAAGAGGAGCGUGGCUUUGAUUUGCCAGACCAAUGAUUAAACUAUAUCUUAAACUUAAAUCUUAAAUAUAAUAUAAAUGAUA